GCAACAGGGAAGAUGGCAGCUCUCACAUCUCUCACCCAGGUGGACCCUGGGAAUACGGGUAGAGUUGGACCAACAGAAGCUGCCUUGUUCUUAAAGAAGUCUGGACUCCCUGACAUUACAUUGGGAAAGAUUUGGGAUUUGGCCGAUCCCGAUGGCAAAGGAUAUCUUGACAAACAGGGGUUUUACGUCGCUCUGCGUUUGGUGGCCUGCGCUCAGAAUGGUCAUGAAGUCAGUCUCUCCAGCCUCAACCUCACAAUCCCCCCACCCAAGUUUAAGGACACCAGCAGUCCGUCUCUAAGCAGCACAGCUCCCGCCUCCAGCGAAUUACACUGGGCCGUCAGGCCCGAGGAGAAGAAUACAUUUGAUGGGAUUUUUGAGAGUUUGGCUCCAGUCAAUGGCCUGCUGUCAGGAGACAAGGUGAAACCCGUCUUAAUCAACUCUAAACUACCUCUGGACGUCCUCGGGAAGGUUUGGGACCUGAGUGACAUUGAUAAAGAUGGCCACCUGGACAGAGACGAGUUUGCAGUGGCCAUGCACCUGGUGUACCGGGCCCUGGAGAAAGAGCCUGUCCCUUCCAUCCUCCCCUCCUCCCUCAUCCCGCCGUCUAAGAGGAAGAAAAGUCUGGGCUCAGUGGCUGGCUCUGCCGCUGGACUACCUGCAAGCCCCCCCCCACCAAAAGACUCGUUACGCUCCACACCCUCUCAUGGCAGCAUGAACUCACUCAACAGCACCGGCAGCCUGUCGCCCAAACACACACUCAAGUCUGGACAGCAUUCAUUGAACUGGGUGGUCCCAGUGUCAGACCGUGGUCGCUAUGACGACAUCUUUCUGAAGACUGACGCUGACCUGGACGGUUUUGUCAGCGGGCAUGAAGUAAAGGACAUCUUCAUGCACUCUGGACUCUCUCAGAACGUCCUGGCCCACAUAUGGGCUCUGGCAGACACGAGGCAGCUAGGCAAACUGACCAGGGAGCAGUUUGCCCUCGCCAUGUACCUCAUCCAGCAGAAAGUCAGCAAGGGCAUCGACCCCCCACAGGCCCUGACUGCCGACAUGUUACCCCCCUCAGAGAGAGGGACCCCUGUACCAAGUAUGUCAGGAUACAUGACCCCAGUGGGAUCGGAGAUGGCUGCUCUGUCUGAAAUGAGAAGGGACAGCUCCAGUUCAGUGGGUUCCGGCGAGUUCACAGAUCAAGAGCUGGAUGACAUCAGCCAGGAAAUAGCGCAGUUGCAGAGGGAGAAGUACACACUGGAGCAGGACAUCAGAGAGGCGGAGGAGGCCAUUAGACACAAGAGUGCAGAGGUGCAGGAGAUGCAGAAUGACCUGGACAGAGAGACGGCCAGCCUGCAGGAGCUGGAGGCUCAGAAACAAGACGCCCAGGACCGACUGGAGGAGAUGGACCAGCAAAAACACAAGUUGGAAGACAUGCUGAACGAAGUCCGGAUCAAGUGCCAGGAGGAGUCCCACAUGAUCUCGACGCUCCAGAAUCAGAUCCACUCCCAGGAGACCGAUCUGCAGAGCCAGGAGGAAGAGCUGAUCCGGGCGAAGGCCGACCUGGGCCGGCUGCAGCAGGAGGAGAACCAGCUGGAACAGAGCCUGGCUGCUGGCAAGAUCCAACUGGAGACCAUCAUCAAGUCCCUGAAGGCAACACAGGAUGAGAUCAACCAGGCUCGCAGCAAGUUGUCCCAGAUUCAGGACAGCCAACAGGAAGUGUCUAAAAGCAUCGAGCAGUACAACAGCACCUUGAACGGAACCCACGGAGGCAGCAUGACCAACCUGGCCGAUAUGAGCGAAGGCUUCAGCGACAGAGAGAACGGAGGAUUCCCGUCCAUGGAGGAUCCAUUCAAAGUGAAGCCAUCUGUGUUCAACAGCCAGCCUCAGGAGCUACACACGGACCCCUUCCACUCAGAAGACCCCUUCAAAACAGACCCGUUCAAAGGGGACCCUUUCCAAAAUGACCCUUUUGCAAAGCAGCCAUCGACAGUCACAGAUCCUUUUGGAGGAGACCCGUUCAAAGAGACUGAUCCGUUCAAGGCUUCGUCUGAAGAUUUCUUUAAGAAGACCACAAAGAUGGAUCCUUUCUCCACACCAGACCCCUUCAGUAAAAGUGCCACAUUACCAUCCAAGCAGCCAACAAGUCACUUCACAAGCAAUGACCCGUUCUCUACAAGCAACCCAAAACCCAAAGGACCAGAUCUAAACCCCCUGAUGUCCUCCCUGGAAGAAAAGUCAAGGGAUGGUCAAAAUCUGUUUGGCACGUUGGACCCGUUUGGCAGCAGUUCGUUCAGCAGCGGCAGCAACAGCUCGGCUGGCUUUGCAGACUUCAGCCUCAUGUCGAAGCCCAGAGAGCCUUUUGAAGGCAGGGCCGGCUGGCUGCCAGACUACCAGAAGUCCGUGUUUGUGGACGACCCAUUCAGCAGGAAGAAUGACACACCAGCUCUGCCACCGAAGAAAAGUGUCCCCCCAAGGCCCAAACCCCCCAGUGGUAAGAGUACCCCAGUGAGCACGUCUGGAGCAGUUGACCCUUCCAAACCGUGUGACCCCUUCCAGCCAUUUGGCAGUGACGCCAUCGACCCGUUUCAGACGAAAAAGGGCGUAGGAGACCCAUUCAGUGGCAAAGACCCUUUUGCCCCAUCCUCAGCAACAAGACCUGAGAAAGCCAAGUUCGGGAACGAGGCUCAGCAGCUGGAGUGGGCGAAGCGUGAGAGUGAACGGGCAGAGCGUGAGCGGCUGAAGAGGCUCAGGCAGCAGGAGCAGGAAGACCUGGAGCUGGCCAUCGCCCUCAGCAAGGCUGAGAUGUCCAACGCAUGACCUGGAAAGCCCCCCCCCCCCCCCCUUACACACACACACACAUAGCACAAAGACAUGCAGAAAAACAUGACUGACAUCCAAAUAUUCAGACACAAAGCACAUCACCGGUAUAACUCAAGUUCAUUCAAACUCUGGUCCCCACAAACACACAGACAGGUCUUGCGUCUCCACUAGUUACAUUCCCCCAUGCGCAAUGACUCAACAAUUCAAACAGAGAGAACUUAAAGGCCUGACAUUUAAAAACCAAGGCAGCAAAACUGAGGGCCGAGAACUUUAUAUUGUAAUGCCGUGAAGAGAGAAAGGAAGAAGAGAGAGAAAGAGGAGGAAGAGGCAGGUGUGGCCUGAAGGAAACAAACGGAUGCACUGUGUAUAUGCACUAUAGUGGCUGGAUCCAGGCUGAGCUGACAGCUGCUGACAGAGCACCUCGACUGUUUGAAUUCCACCGUGUUGUUUUCCAGCUCCACUCCUUCUUGCUAAACAUGCUAACAUCGCUGCUAGCAACGAGCAGCCGUAAGGAAAAUAACAGUUGAAUUCAAACCGCCCAGGUAAACCUUCAAAGGGAUUUUUUUUUACUGAUAUAUAUAAGGGGUGACAUGGAUAUAUCACACACUACUGAUGGUAUUAUCCGUGUCUGUAAGUGUUCACUGGUAGGAAAAGGCUACAGGUUGCUUAAGUAUUUGUUUAUAGGGCAGACUGGAUUUAACGCUCCUCAGCGAUUCUCAAAUCUCUUUUCUCCAAUUUUUUUUUCUCAGGAAAUGUUGUCACAAACCCAUACUCAGUGAAGAGAUUGAAAAGUUGAUACUAGUUGAGUUUUUUCACUUCUCCCAUCCCCCCCUGCGUUUUGCUUAGAUUUGACCUCCAGAUAAGGUUGGAUUGUUCAUCAUGCAAAGCAGGCAGGUCCCUCAGGGCCCAAAGACUCCAAGUUCACUGUGUGGCACUUAGUUUGUGCUUUAUUUAUUUAAUCACAUAUAUGUUAAAGAAUAUGCCACACCCACUGAGGAACAAAAUACUCUCACGUGAUUUCACAGCACUAAUUGAAUUAUGACCUUAUUGUGAGGUAAUGUGCUGUAAAGUAACAUAGGGUACUUCUUUAUUUUCAACCCCUUUGACCCACAAACCCGAUGAUGUCACUAUGAUAUUUUAAGGGUUCAUUAUAUAUCAAAAGAUAUUCUGCAACUUUUUCCUAAAGAGUUACACUUGGCAUGAUGUGUAAAAAAGGUGGAGUUAGGUAGGGCUGGGCUAUACUAGAUAUUAUCUUAUAUUUUGAAACGUUGACUUUAAUUAAACAUAUUAUGUCAGCAGAUUACACGUUAAUGUAUUAAGUUAGUUGAAAGCAAUAAUAUUAAGUUGAAAGUAUUUUUUUAAUUUAAACUUAAUAUUAUUACUUUUAACUAACCUAAUACAAACACAUGUAAUCUGUUGACAUAAUACAUUUAAUUCAAGUCAAUGUUUAACAUUUUUUCUUGUACUUUUUUUAAAGGCUGCAGUAGAGUAAAUUAUUUAAUUUCUGAAUUUAACAGGCUAAGUACCGCCUCUUUGUUUGCAAUUAGACUCUUCGGCUUCAAAUCCACAUUAUUUAUUGAGAUUCUUAUAGUGUAAAUGUUUUUGCUCAACUCAAAGAAAAAUAUUUUCACAAUAUCAAUAUUGAGAUAAUUGUUCCCAACAUCCUGUGAUAUAUGAUUUUAUUCAUAUUGCUCAGCCUUAGUGUUAAGUGUUACUAUUACAAAUUGAUUUAACAUAGUGCAUAUUCAAGAGCAUAUUUGUGCUUAACCAAAUAACCACAACCUAAUAUAAUACCUAUAAACUAAUAUAUACAUAAAGAACAAAAAAGUGGGCGGGUUAAUGUGGUCCCGGGUCCAGUUCAGGUUCAAUAUAUUUCACUCUUGGCACAUUAUGAAAGGAAAGAAAAACAACUGAUAAAGAUCAAUUUCACUGGUUCCCUCUAAUGUGACAAAACACCUGACUUACGAGAACAACUUCAGACGUUAGCAUCCUUUGGGUGACAGCAAGAAAUUGUACAGAUAUAUUUCCUUAUCCACGAGUGUGAGAUUGUACUGUGUGUCGAGACAAACUGAGUUAACUCUGCCUCUCCUCCACGGCUGUGAUGUCACACACAUUCAACUCAUGACAGGCACGAUGAGGGAAAUCUUUUUUCUAGGUUUAUUUUCUUUUUAUAGGAGAAGGAUUUUAACCGUUUUUAAGAGUUGGCUUUUAUUUGACAUGUUUUUGUUUUAAAAGAACAUCUUGAAUGAGUAUAGUAGUGCUCUACAGACAGUGAGCAAAAGCUGGAGAGUGUGUGGAAAGGGAAUAUCGGGUCGUUAUGCUGGGAAUUUGAAAUAUUGGAGAAACGCUAUUUCUCAUGUGUCAUUGUUUGAUGUAGCGUCAUGGACUGAACCACUCACCCUGUUUUUAUAUGAGUUGUCCCUUUUACUUGAAAUAGUGAGUUGUGUUUGUAUAGUUUGAUUUCAUGUGGACUUAAAAGCAGAAAUGAUUUUCUGUUUCACUUAAAGCCCCUGUGUUUCAAAUAUCAUAUUUAGAAAGGAAAUUCUAUAUUGGUGUGUCCAUUAUCAAUCAUAUGCUUCUGUCAGUGUUUCGCCUGCAGUCCAACAUCUUCUGAACAACACUUUCAGAGAUGACAUUUGGAGUUUUUAUUGUCAUAAAACUAACUUUGCUUAUAUAGGCUGGGACAUUCUUAAUGUUCAUUAUUGAGCCCAGUUUAAACCUAUGGCCCUUUUCAUAAACACAGUGCUGGAUGUCUUUGGAUGGAAUUCAAACAUUUCUGUCUGAUUUCAAAUAAACGUGUAACGAGGAAUGGAGGAACUUAGAAACUCCCCUUAACAACUUGUAAGGUGGAAAUAAAAAACGUCUGCUCAGUGCUGCAGGGCAAAAUACGACCAUUUAAGUCAGUAGUCUUUAACUCUUUUUUUAAAUAUCCCCCGAGUGCGUCUCAGUGAAUUCCCCACUCAUCCUUAAGAAUUCCUCACAAAGGAUGAAGAUUGAUUUGACCCUGUUUUUAUUGACAACUUCUUUCCCGUGCAGUAUUUUUUUUUUUUUUUGAUACCUGUCUGAAUUAUUUUAUUUUACUUUGAAUGUUUCUGAUUGAUUCUGUCUGAUAACCAUCCAGCACUGUGACACAUAAUAUGAUAUUACCUUGGGCUAGGUCAAAAUGCUAACAAGCUGUUUUUAUAAUAAUUAUAAUCUACUCAAUCUACUCAAAUGCAAGUUUACUUUGUGUUGGUGUCGGGCUUUGCAUUGACAUGAUGACCUCAUUGUGUGCUGUUUCAUUUCUCCAGUCACCACACUGAACAAUAGCAUGACUGAAGUAUCAAACUGUUGCUGUCCCCCAGAUAUUUUACAUGUGUGAUCUGCCUUUCUGGGCUUCAAUAUGCUUCUUAUGUGAAGUCACAGAAAAGAGGAAAUGAAGCCACUGAUUGUACCAGAUGGAAAUGUGAACUGCUUCUCCCAUGUCAUGUCUUUGUUUUGUUUACAUAUCAUAAUGAUUUAGUUUACUGUAGCUGUUACAGCAGUGUUCCUGGUACAUAGAGCUUCUCUAAGCUGUACACCUCCAGAUUGGCAUUUCACAUCUGUGGCUUGCUCCUGUCACACUGUGGAGAAGAUGACAUCAAACAUCUUUGCACCUGCUCAUUCCUUAUUGAAACUAAGGUGCUUUAAGCGGGCAGCUAACAAAUCUAGCUUGUUGUCUAGCUCUUUUGAGAAAAUGUCCAUUUGUGUGGAACUGCCUUUCUCUGGAGUAAAUGCUUUUAAUGUGAAUUGAGAGAAAAUUCAACUAGCUACUAAGCUAGCUCAUUGUCAGUUCUCCAUUUCAGUUAAUAUGUUCACAACAAUGUGGAAUGCACCUUCCGCAGCAAAGGAAGAAGACCUUUAUUCAAAUGUCCCCUUAAAGUUGUUUAUGUCCAUCCAGACAUUUGAAAGCUCCAAGAAAAAUGUCAAACUACUGUUUCCAAGGGCAUACAUGAUUUUGAAUAUGCUCAGAACAAGUCCUGUAUGUAUAAAUGUACAAUGUGUUCAAAUUGAAUGAAAGGAAAUGUAGUAUUAGAUACAAGUUACAAUCUUACAAAUGUCACCAGAAAUGUGAAGCCAGAUAAUGGUAUGACAGGUCCCCCGUUUGCUGCUAUAGACAGAAUAGUCGGUACCAAGACUUAUAGUAACUGAUCCCGCGCCCCGUCCUGGGUCCUGACCUCAGCUCGUCUGCAGUGUACUGCUUAGAGAGCUGAAAUCCACACUGGUACCAUCAUUUACUGUCAUCCGUUACCUCCAUUGUGCAAUAGAUAAUGUUUAUUUGUAUUGUUGUUUUUGUAUAUCCUGUGAAACCUGUCUGAUGUUUUUGAUGUGUAGCGUAUGUUUUUAAUAUGAUUAUUUAUGCACCAGCAACCACUCACUCCCAGCUCUGUAGAGGAAGUUCAAUACAAAAGGUCGUAAUCAUUUUUAAGAUUCACUUUAUUUCUUUUAAAAUGGUGGAUUUAAAUUUUUGGAAUGAAACAUUUCAAUACUCUCUUACUGACAUACUGAUGCGUUUGGGGGAACAUGUUUGAUUCUCCAUUCACUUCUUCUUUCUGAGGCUUGUUGGAUUUCUUUGUCUUUGCCUUCAACUGCCCUUCCUCCCAUGUAGGCAAAAUACUUUAAGGCUGUCUUUAUUAAGAUGCAUACGAUGUGUAUACAGUCUGUAUAGUACCAUGUAUGUUAUAUUUGUCCUGUAAAAAGUGAAGAUGAAGAAGAAAAAGUAAACUUGAUGAGGAACCAUUUUGAGGAGCGAACAAAUGCUGGUUUAUUUUGAACAGUGAUCCUCUCUACAUGGUCUGUGCUGUUUACUAGAAUAAACAUUUCAGUUAAAGGAGAA